CUCGAGAGGAGUUGCACAAUUUCUCGCUCAUGACGUCAAUACUCCCAUCCCUCUGGUAGAGAUAUAUAUAUCACGUGACCAACCUUACACGGUCCUUUUUACUGCGGCGGCAUUGAACCACAGUGUUCGUAAAUAACAAAAGAAACAUGGGAAAGGAAAAGAUUCACAUUAACAUCGUGGUCAUUGGCCACGUCGACUCCGGCAAGUCCACCUCCACUGGUCACUUGAUCUAUAAAUGUGGUGGUAUCGACAAGAGAACCAUCGAGAAAUUCGAGAAGGAAGCUGCUGAGAUGGGCAAGGGCUCCUUCAAGUACGCCUGGGUGUUGGACAAACUGAAGGCCGAGCGAGAACGUGGUAUCACCAUCGACAUUGCCUUGUGGAAGUUUGAGACUAAUAAAUAUUACGUCACCAUCAUUGAUGCCCCUGGACAUCGUGAUUUCAUCAAAAACAUGAUCACUGGUACCUCCCAAGCCGACUGUGCAGUGUUGAUAGUAGCUGGUGGUGUUGGUGAGUUUGAGGCUGGUAUCUCCAAGAACGGGCAGACCAGAGAGCAUGCCCUGCUUGCCUUCACCCUUGGUGUGAAACAGCUUAUUGUUGCUGUUAACAAGAUGGACAGCACUGAGCCACCAUACUCUGAGAAACGUUUCAAUGAAAUUAAAACUGAGGUCACUAAUUACAUCAAGAAGAUCGGAUAUAACCCGAAGGCUGUUCCAUUUGUGCCAAUCUCUGGCUGGCAUGGUGACAACAUGCUUGAAGAAAGCAGUAAUAUGGGAUGGUACAAAGGAUGGGAGGUGGAAAGGAAGGAAGGGAAAGCCAAUGGGAAAACCCUGCAUGAUGCUCUGGACGCCAUCCUUCCCCCAUCACGCCCUACUGACAAGGCCCUCCGUCUGCCUCUGCAGGAUGUUUACAAGAUUGGAGGUAUCGGUACAGUGCCUGUAGGCCGUGUGGAAACUGGUAUCCUGAAGCCAGGAAUGGUGGUCAAGUUUGCCCCAGCCAACAUCACCACAGAAGUGAAGUCCGUGGAGAUGCACCACGAGUCAUUGGUUGAGGCCCUGCCUGGAGACAAUGUUGGUUUCAACAUCAAGAACGUCUCUGUUAAGGAGAUUAAGAGAGGAAAUGUAGCUGGAGACACCAAGAAUGACCCUCCAUUUGGUGCGAAGAACUUUUACGCACAGGUUAUAGUCCUGAACCACCCUGGCGAGAUCCGUGCUGGUUACGCACCAGUGUUGGACUGCCACACAGCCCACAUCGCCUGUAAAUUCACCGAGAUUAAGGAGAAGAUCGACAGACGAUCUGGCAAGAAGCUGGAAGACAUGCCAAAGACUGUGAAGUCUGGGGAUGCGUGUAUGGUGGUCCUGACCCCCUCAAAGCCCAUGUGUGUGGAGGCUUUCAGUGCAUACCCACCCCUCGGGCGUUUUGCCGUACGUGACAUGAGGCAGACGGUGGCUGUUGGUGUCAUCAAAGAGGUGACAAAGGAUGAGGGAAAAGAGGGCAAGGUGACCAAGGCCGCCCAGAAGGCAGUCGGUGGGAAGAAGAAAUGAUUAAUAAGCACCAUAGCAGGAAAAUGUGGACUGUUACAUCAUGGAAAACACCUAGGCCGCCCAUGUCCACAUUUCAAGACAUACCAGAUACACAGAAAGAUAAAGACUGGUCUUUCAUAUAUUUGUUUAAAGGCAAAGAAGCCUUCAUUAUUUAAUAUUUGGACUUCUACUAUUCAUAGGUUUCAAAUUCAUCGUAAAGAGAUACGGAGGAAAAAGCAGUAAGGUGAUCGAUCAUGUUUGAUUUUUGUAUAGUUUUUAAGUUCUGCUCAUGAAACAGAAAAAAAAUAAACCUGAUCAAAAAUGC